AGCCGAUGAUUGCUGCGCCUGCUCUCUUGUGUGGGCGUCAACUAUCACGCAUCACCAUCAGCAGCAGCAGAGAGGUUAUACACUGUAGAAGAACUAUAAAACGAAAAAGCAGAUGCGCGGAGAGUCGAGAAGGGAUUUCCAGAGAAGAGCAGCUUCUGAAAUCUAUAAAAUCCCCACUCGCAAGUUGUUGUUAUAGAAGAAUAAGAAAAGGAGGACGAGGAGGUAUACGAAGAAAGUUGAAAAUGGCAGUUACGCCUUCUUCUUCUCUUUUUGCUUCGGGCAACGCCGUGAUAAAGUCCCCAAUAGACAAACGUUUAUACAAAAUUCUCAAUCUUCCUAAUGGCCUCUGUGCCCUUCUCGUUCACGAUCCAGAGAUAUUCCCAGAUGGUCCUUCUGAAUGUUCUUCUAAAACCCUAGAGAACGGCGAUGAAGAAGAGUACGGAGAUGAGUCCGAUGAGAGCGAAGGUGAAUAUGACGAUGAUGAUGAUGAUGAUGACGAUGACGACGAGGAUGAUGAGGAAGAAGAAGAUGAAGGCGAGGAAGAGGAUGAGAAGAAAAAUAAGGAUUCACAGACUAAAAAGGCAGCUGCAGCAAUGUGUGUAGGAAUGGGUAGCUUCUCUGAUCCUUUUGAGGCACAGGGUCUUGCCCACUUUCUAGAACACAUGCUCUUCAUGGGAAGUACUGAAUUUCCAGAUGAAAAUGAGUAUGAUAGUUACUUGUCAAAGCAUGGUGGUUCAUCAAAUGCUUAUACGGAAACUGAAUUUACCUGCUACCAUUUUGAAGUUAAACGGGAGUUUCUCAAGGGAGCUUUGAAAAGAUUCUCUCAAUUCUUUGUAUCCCCUUUAGUCAAAGCUGAGGCUAUGGAGCGAGAGCUAUUGGCCAUAGAUUCAGAGUUCAAUCAAGUUUUGCAAAGUGAUGCAUGCCGCCUUCAACAACUUCAAUGCCAUACAUCUCGUCCAAGCCACCCGUUUAACAGAUUCUUUUGGGGGAAUAAGAAGAGUCUGGCUGAUGCAAUGGAGAAAGGAAUAGAUUUACGGGAGCAAAUUUUACAAUUGUACAGAAAAAAUUACCAUGGCGGUUUGAUGAAAUUAGUGGUCAUUGGAGGAGAACCUCUAGACGUACUUGAGGAUUGGGUGGUGGAACUGUUUAGUAGUGUCAAGGAAGGUCCUCAGUUUAAGCCAGAGGAUAGGAAAGUGGCUCCUAUUUGGAAAGCUGGUAAACUUUACAGGCUAGAGGCAGUUAAAGAUGUUCAUGUCCUCAAUUUAACGUGGACUUUGCCUUGUCUUCAUAAAGAAUACCUGAAGAAACCGCAAGAUUUCUUAGCCCAUCUAAUGGGGCAUGAGGGCAGUGGAAGCAUGCACUACUUUCUGAAAACUAGAGGAUGGGCAACUUCAUUAUCAGCUGGUGUUGGUGAUGAAGGAAUGCAACGUUCUUCAAUAGCUUACAUCUUUGGCAUUUCUAUACAUCUCACUGACUCUGGCUUAGAGAAGGUCUAUGAGGUUAUUGGGGUUGUUUAUCAGUACCUUAAGCUCCUGCGUCAAUCUGUACCACUGGAAUGGAUAUUUAAGGAACUUCAAGAUAUUGGUAAUAUGGAUUUCAGAUUUGCCGAAGAGCAGCCUCAGGAUGAUUACGCUGCAGAACUUGCAGGAAAUUUGCUUUUAUAUCCGGAAGAACAUGUUAUUUACGGGGACUAUGCAUUUGAAGUGUGGGAUGAGAAACUCUUGAAGCAUGUGCUGAGCUUUUUCACAGCAGAAAACAUGAGGAUUGACAUAUUAUCAAAGUUUACUGACAAGCAGUCACAAGUUUUUCAAUUUGAACCGUGGUUCGGAUCACGUUAUACUGAAGAAGACAUUUCUCCUUCUCUUCUGGCGCUGUGGAGUGAUCCUCCAGUUAUUGAUUCUUCCUUGCAUCUGCCUUUGAAGAACGAAUUCAUUCCAUCUGAUUUUUCCAUCCGCAGAAAUAACUCAUCUGACACUCUUGUAAAUGUGAAUCUUCCAAGGUGCAUACUUGAUCUACCAUUGAUGAAAUUCUGGUACAAGCUUGAUGAGACAUUCAAACUUCCUCGUGCAAACACAUAUUUCCUCAUAACUGUAAAGGGGGGAUACAACAAUGUAAAAAAUUGUGUUUUGACAGAAUUGUUUGUAACUCUUCUUAAGGAUGAGCUGAACGAGAUUUUGUAUCAGGCAGGUGUGGCCAAGUUGGAAACAUCAUUAUCUAUUAUCAGUGACAAACUUGAGCUGAGGGUCUAUGGUUUCAAUGACAAGCUCCCUGUUCUCUUGUCAAAAAUUUUGACCAUUGCCAAAUCUUUUCUGCCGACUCAUGACCGCUUUGUGGUUAUUAAAGAAGAUAUGGAGAGAGCUUUCAGGAACACAAAUAUGAAGCCUCGGAACCAUUCAGCAUACCUGAGACUGCAAGUCUUGCGUAAGAAAUUUUGGGAUGUGGAUGACAAGCUGGCUUGCCUUAGUGAUAUAUCUGUUGCUGAUUUGGAGGAAUUUAUUCCCGAACUUCUUUCCCAGUUUCAUGUUGAGGGUCUUUGUCAUGGUAAUUUAUCAGAAGAAGAAGCAAUCAAUAUUUCAAAUAUCUUUAGAGAUAACUUUUCGGUAGAACCUCUCCCAAUGGAAGUGAGGCAUGAAGAGCAUAUUUUAUGUCUUCCCUCUGGUGCAAACCUUGUGAGAGAUGUAGCUGUGAAGAAUAAGUUGGAAAUGAACUCUGUGGUUGAGCUUUAUUUUCAAAUUGAGCAAGACAUUGGCGUAGAGUCAACCAAAUUAAGAGCUUUAGCAGAUCUUUUUGAUGAUAUUGUUGAAGAACCGCUUUUCAAUCAGCUAAGGACGAAGGAGCAGCUUGGAUAUGUUGUUGAAUGUAGCCCACGGAUGACAUACCGUGUACUUGGGUUUUGCUUUUGUGUUCAAUCUUCCAACUAUGAUCCAGUCUAUUUGCAAGGGAGAGUGGACAAUUUCAUAACUAGCCUGCAAAAAUUACUGGUUGAGCUUGAUGAUGAGUCAUUUGAGAAUCACAGAAGUGGAUUGAUAGCAAAAAAGUUGGAGAAAGACCCCUCGCUCACAUAUGAAACCAAUCAUCUUUGGGGUCAAAUUGUUGACAAGAGGUACUUGUUUGAUAUGUCAGAAAAGGAAGCAGAGGAGCUCAGAAGCAUUACCAAGAAUGAUGUUAUAGAUUGGUUCAAUGAAUAUUUCAGACCAUCAUCUCCCAAGUGUCGAAGGCUAGCAGUUCAUGUGUGGGGUUGCAACACUAUGGAAGUGGAUGAAACACAAGUCAAGUCUGUGAGGAGGAUUGAAGAUGUUGAUACCUUUAAGAUUUCUGCAGAUUUCUAUACCAGCCUUUGCUAAAUGAAUGGCUUCCAAUUGUUAGACAUGAUACCAAU